AUGGAGAGUCGCGGAGACGGAAAACCUGUCGACCAACCAACAGUCGACAGAACUCUGACGUUCGUCAGUGAGACAAUACCCGAACAUGGAGAGUCGCGGAGACGGAAAACCUGUCGACCAACCAACAGUCGACAGAACUCUGACGUUCGUCUGAGAGACAAUACCCGGACACGGGAGGAGCCUACACGAAAGGUUGUGAAUUCGCCACCAUAUUAUCCAGAUUAUUGCGGCCGCUACGUUACCCCCGAAUCGGUUGAACGCAUUCGGAACAUUUCUGGGAUCGAUCUGACCACUGUUUCUCACGUGACACGCCCAAAACGUGUCAGUGUUCCUGUACCACGUGAUCAGAAGCCAUCCCUCUUUAAUCGUCUAUUCUGCCGUAACAGACCAGAACCGGAGCCUGAGAUAGUGGAAGACGUCAUAGUCAGAGGAACACUGUGUCAGGACAGCAUUGGACCCUUAUUCGCUAACCGGCAAUGUACAACCAUGGCAUACGAGGCUUUGGCCUACCAAGCCAGACGAAGACAUCUGGAGACCUGGACCCCCAAAGAUAUCGACGAUAUCAUUCGUCUUGGACACCGCCAACACAGUCAAUUCCGGAAUGUUGAUAAACUGAGCACCCACAUAGAUGGAAAGGUGGGAGUUUAUCAGCUUCCUGAGGAAUAUCGAGUGCGUAAUCUUCCAACUUUUCUGUCGUUGGGAAAUUGUGGCAGCAACUUGGAAGGAAAAGGAGUCACUGCUACGAUGCUUUACAGUGUUGACGGGUGUUUCAGAUACGAAAGCAGAGAAUCAUCCGAAGCAUUAUCUGCCGUGUCUCCCGAAUUCCCUGUUUUCAUGGCCAGGACUUUCUAUUCGGACCCAAAGGCAGCUAUCAAUAUGGUUCUUACUAUUGGCCAGUCCUCAAUGGCAGUGUGGCGAAGAAAGGACGACGGCAGAUUGUGGCUGUUUGAUAGUCACCGGAGGGGCCCAAGGGGAGGUAUUAAUGUGAUCCCGACAAAGAGGAAACCAUCAGACCCAGGUGCUGCCCUCAUGCGUUCGUUUCAAAACCUUGACGCCCUAAUGACGCACCUAAUUGUACAGUUUGGAAGCAAUUUCGCAUACAGUGCCGCUUUGAUCGGCUAUGAUGAGGCCCAAUCAUGA